UUGUUCCAUACAGAAUGGGAUGGCUUCAGUCUCUGGUGCUCUGCACCCUGGCUGCAUGCUGUGUGGCUAGGUCUCCACCCCAGCCGUUCCUGAACCCCUUACCCCAGCAGGCCCAGAACCCCUCACCUUUGGUUUCCCGGGGCUGCAAUGACUCGAAUGUGCUGACCUUUGCAGGCUUUGCCCUGCAGGACAUCAACAGAGAACAAAAGGAUGGCUAUGUGCUGAGCCUCAACCGAGUGCAUGAUGUUUGGGAAGAGUAUCAGGACGACAUUGGAACUCUGUUCUACCUCACACUGGAUGUGUUAGAGACUGGCUGUCAUGUGCUUAGCAAGAAAGCAUGGAAGGACUGUGAUGUGAGGACCCUUCAUACCUCGGUUUAUGGCCAAUGCAAAGCGAUGUUUUAUAUUAAUAAGCCAGGAAGAGUUCUCUAUACACCUGCCUAUAACUGUACUCUUCGUCCAGUUUCUCGGAGAAAGAUUCAUACUAUGUGCCCUGAUUGCCCCAGCCCCACCAACUUGUCAGACCCCGAGGUUCUGGAAGCUGUGACUGAGUCUCUUGCAAAAUUCAACAGUGAGAGUCCCUCGAAGCAGUACUCUCUCAUAAAAAUCACCAAGGCCUCUAGCCAGUGGGUGGUUGGCCCUGCUUACUUUGUGGAAUAUUUAAUCAAGGAGUCACCAUGUACCAAGUCCCAGGAGAGCUGCUCACUGCAAUCUCUAAACUCUGUGUCUGUUGGUCUUUGCGAAGGUUCUCUGACUAAAACACCAGAAGAUAAGUUUGUUACUGUAUCUUGUGACUUCUUUGAAUCACAGGUUCAGGUUCCAGCAAGUGAAAAUACUGAUGCUACCCAGGGACCCCCAAUCCUCCCUGAGGCAGAGGAUCCAUCUAAGAAAAAGCUUUCCGCUUUCCCCAUACCAAGGGGCUCUGUCCAGCACCUCCCUGACUUGGAUGAUGAAAAGGCCAAAGAUCCUCAAGAGAAAGAUCCUCAGGAAGCCUUCCCCGUGCAGUUGGACCUGACCACAGAUCCCCAGGGAACAACCGUGGACGUGUCUUUCCUCUUCAUGGGACCUGAGGAAAAGAAGCUGCGUGUGCUGCCUUUCCCCAAAAAAGAACAGCACUCUACCCAGUGCCCAUCGCCUGCCAAGCAUACCAGUCCUCUUAUUCUCCCGCCCUGAGAAUCACAGAGAGUGUACCAUGUGGGUGUGAUUUCUUGUACAAGAUGAGAGGUGGUAGGAAUGGGACAGAGAGAGAGGUUCAAAUGUAGACAAUGGCUAAUAAAGUAUGUCCUUUUGACUCUU